UAUCCGGAAUGAAAUUUCCCACAAUUUCAAUCGAUAAAAAAUUUUCAAAUGUUCCCUGACUACUCUUCAGUCGGCUUUCGAUUUAAAAAAUUUAACUAAUCCCAUUUGGCAUGAAAAUUAAACCGGCAAAUUUUAUAUAAAAAUGGACUUUCCAGGGGAAAUAGAGUUAGCUGCAAUUGAAAGACAGAUUUUUAACUCAUUACUGCCGUUGCGCAAAUAAUGAAUUAUAUCCACUUAUCAUAACCAAUUAAAAUUUAUGCUGGCUUCAACAAAACGGUAUCAUGGAUAAUGCAGUAUUAACUACAGGAAGUGAGAAUUUACUGACGAAAACUAGAAAAUCUGUCAGUCUUGCGGACAACGUCGUGAUUUUAAAUAAUUCUGCCAGAGCUUCGAGGAGUUCUGAAAAGUCUGAGCAAAGCGUGACAGAUAACGGACCAUCGAGUUCAAAUACUUCAUCGAAGAAAGAAUUGCGUAAUGCUGGCUCAAAAAGAAAAGUACGCCGCGUGACCAAGUCGGUACACUCAAUUCCAAGCAAAAAUAAUAAUAGAGUAAUAAAAUCGACUCAUCGUACUUCCAGACCUUCGACAAGAAACGUUUCUGUUUCAACUUUGCUUGAAACGAAAGAUCGUUCCACUUACGUGGAUACAUUAAUUAUCACAAAUCAGAAUGAUUCACGAGUUUUAGCAUCAGCAUCAAGUAUUUCCACCUUGGAGAAAAAUAUUUGGAGCGCAUCGUCGCAGGAAGAAAAAGAUAGUUUUAGUACACAAUCGAAAGAAAGAUCCGAUAAAAAAAUCACAUGCGAUGGGGUAACGGAUUAUUCAAAUGAAAGGAGACCUAGUAAUUUAUCAUUUAUCCAAAAUGUUUUUAAGAAACUCAAAGAUAAGAAUAGUCAAACCCAAAAUGCACAGAAUAAGAAAAAUUUAAAUAAGAAGAAUGUAUCGAAUUUUAAAAAGAGAAUUUUACGAUUACUUAAAUCGACUGGAAGAUCAAGGACACACAACCAGGCGAGUUCGAUCAUUUUUGAUGAACUAAACAAGGAUUCGGAGGGUAUCAAAACGAGAACAGAAGAUAGUAAUGUUCCGAUUAAAACUCUAUAUACAAAUGAAAAACCAGUCAAAGAAGCAGAACUGUUAAUGUACCCUUUAUUGAACGAAGUAGAGAAGAGAGAUAUAUGCGAGACAAAAAGCACUCUGUUUGUGGACAAUGAACAAAAUUUGUCCAAUUCGUACAAGAACGAUGCGUUUGAAUGUAUUAUGAGAAAGGAACGAACCUGGUUGGCGGAAACAUCAGUUGCUGAUAAGGAUCAAUCCAAUAAGAAGAAUAAAACGGUUUCUUGUAUACCUUUGCUUAAAAAUCCUUUAGAUUUUCUCGAAAAGCGUAAGAAAGGUUAUGAGAAAGUUUCUAGUGAAACACGUUCCAGUAACGAAGAAUUAGUUGGUGUUAAAUCAAAUUCUGUUGAGAAUAAUCAAAUCGCAUCACAGAAGAGCAGUUUAGGAUCCGAUUUUAAAAAAGUUAGUACUGCAUCGAAGAAGGGCUCAGAAAUAACUGAUAAUGCUAAAAUAUCUGGGAAAAAUUAUGCUUCAAAGGAUCACGAUGUAUUGAUGUCAUCUUUUCCGGUGCAAGAAAUUAAUAGUGAUAAAAGAUCAUUAAAUAAUCGUCGAAAUAUCACGGAAACUGCGGGAACAGAGAUUCGAAAGGUGGAACCAUCGACGUCUCAAAAUAAUAUAAAAACGUUAACGAAACAUUCGACAAUAGAUAUUUUAAAUGAUACCAUGAAAUUAAAUUCAGAACAAUAUUACGGAUGUAAUAUUGGAUUGAUUAUAUCUGAUCCAAUGAUAAAUGAUAUGAGACAAACUAAGUCUUUAUCAAAUAUCUGUUCAAAGACAACUUUAGAUUUGAAGGAUGUAAAAGUCCAAUCUAAUCCUCGUAGUAACGUGAGUCAAAAUGAAAUUUCAGUAAUUAACGAAGGAAUUGACAAUAAUUCGAAAUAUCAAAAAUCGGGCAAAAUAUUCGAAACCAAAAUUCUGGGAAAAUUAUUCGCAACGCCUGAUCCAAAAUCAGGCAAAAAAUCUAAAAAUAAAUUUAUCUCUGGAUUACAUCCUCGAUCACCAAGAUUAGACGAUAUUUCGAACGUAAAAGAAAAGAGUGAAAUAAUAUGCCAGCAACAAUUGAUCGAAGAAAUAAUUAUUAAACCGUCAUCCGAAAACGAAAUCAGCAAACAAAAUGAAAAAUUUCUUCAUGAAACAAAGUCUACGAUUUCAGAUCAUUCUAACGAGCGUUUAAAAAAAUAUCAAAACGACGAAAUAUAUAGAAAUGAAAACUUUAUUUCCAUAUUGCCAGAGGAGACUCCGGUGAGGAAUUUUGAUUUGACUAAAACUGAUUCUGCGCCGCUAAAUUCCGAAAAUUUAUCUACGUAUACGCUUCCAAUAGAAAACCCAGUUUCAAAAUAUAUUGAAAUCCAAGAAAAUCUUCGAUCAAAUGAUUUAAGUACGUUAAGUGGGCCUGAGAAAUUAAAAAAUGCUAGUACCAAUAGAUCUAAAAAUUCUCUGAAGGCUCUGAUAUUACGACAUUCAAAAUCCUCUAAGAAAUCUUCGGAUAAUAAUGUGCACGAUAAAAGGACAAAAGAGAAAAAAUUAGAAAUUGCUACUGAACAGGUUUCCCAUAUCGCAUUUAAGGACACAACAAAAUUGCCGGAAUUCAUGACGCGGAAGAAAAGAGAAUGGAUUCAAAAUUCAACAGAGAUUUUACAGAAUAAUAAACCUUCAAUAUCAACAAAAGAUUCAGUACAAACAUUCAAGAAAACCUCAUCUCUACUUUCGCGAAUAUUUCACUCAAAUCGUAGGACUGUCAAAAAAAUAUAUAAUAAUUGCUCUAAUUCUCAUUAUCCUACACCAAGCGCAGCAGACACUACUAUGGCAUCUAAUAUUGUCACUCUUGGAGAGGAUAUAACUCGUAAGAGUUCUAACAUUAAUCACGUAACUGUCAAUGAUGCAGCAAGUACCUCAAAAGUUUUCUUCGACAAGAAUUCAGUGAUGCAACAACUAGGAAGGCAUUCAAAGUCAGCAGAUUUGAAAAAUGUGAAUCAGGAUGGAUAUGUGGAAAAAUCUACAGCAUCAAUGUUCAAAAGACGUUCUUCAUUAAUUAUGACAGUAGUAUCCAGUGGAAAAACUACCAGCCCCGUAACAGCAGAUAGUAGCGAGCAAUGCUAUUAUUUUUAUUACUUCCUGGGACCGCCAUUGGAUGUGGCGCUAGUGGACAUCGUAACGGUGUUAAAGCAACUCAUCGACAAAAUAUCAAGUUGUCAAACACAUAGGCCUAGAUAGAAUAUAUAUUUUUUAAGAAAACAAAAAUUAGAAUAA